CAUUCAGGAAGUUGUCUCUGGAAAAAACUGAGUUGUCUUCCUGACGGCGGAGUGUCAACUCCCUGUUGACGAAGUCUGCCAGGUUAAUUGUUGGCUGAUAGAAAUACUACUCAGUGCGUCGAGGUUUUUAUUGUAUCGGAAAGGGGAACGAUGGAGGUCGACCCAGUCUUCUACACAGAUCGCAGUGGAAGAGUCACCAGUAACCCACUGUUGGACCAGCUCCCCAGCUACCAGUCCCUGCUGUACCGCAGGAAGUCAUCGACUUCUACCGCAAAACGAAGAAGCAGCUCCAGAGGGCGACUUGGCUCCUCCGGGAGUGGGAAAUGGCACGUGAACACCUUCAGUAGACAGGAGGAGAAACCGAAGAGUCAGACGGAGCAGAGAUCCAUCAGGGAAUUAGCCAAGAGCAUGGCCGAGAAACGCAGAGACAAGACCCAGCGCAUAGAGGAGGCUGGAGACCUCAGCAGUUGGAGCCAGUUGAGGCAAAGCACCCGCAGGUAUCUGAGGAGGCUGAAGGAUGAUGCCCAGGAAUGGCUGAGCUCCCUGAAGCUGUGGAGGGGAGACAUCCACCUGAUAGAGGGGAUGUUCGGCACAGGGAUCCUGUCUUACUUCUCCUUUCUGCGCUUCCUGGUCAUGCUCAACUUUAUCAUCUUUUUGCUCAUGUUCAGUUUCGUCAUGUUACCCAUCAUCGUCGCCCCCCAUGCUUCAGGGAAUAUCACAUACAACCAGAAUGAUGGGAGUGUGUGCAGUGUGUAUCCAAGCAGUGCCCGUCGAGGUCUGGUCAUCUUUCAUGAGCACAUUAAUGACCUGCUGUCUGGUGGAGGCUUUCUGGAACAGACCUAUCUUUUCUAUGGCUACUACAAGGUGGACAAAAUCUACUUUCCAAAGACCACUUACAAUUUGCCGCUGGCCUACUUGUUGGCCACUAUAGCCUACCUGCUCCUCAGUCUCAUCUGGAUUGUUAAAAGGUCUGCCACAGGAUUCAAACAUAACCUGGUACAGGAUGAGGACCGCUUUCAGAGCUUCUGCAACAAGAUCUUCGCCGGUUGGCACUUCUGCAUCACCAACGAGAACACCUCGAAGCUGAAGAGAAGCAGUUUACUCUAUGAGCUCAGGACGGAUCUGGAGGAGGAGAGGAUCAAACAGAAAAUAGCAGAUCGCACCCGCAAAGAGAAGUGUCGGAUUUACCUCCUCCGCCUCAUCCUCAACCUGUUUGUCAUCGGUGUUCUGGCUGGUUGCUUCUACAGCAUUUAUGUAGCCACCAUCUUCUCACAGGGAGCCCAGAUGAAUAAUGUAAAGGAGAACUUCAUUGUGGAUCUCAUCUAUGAGUAUCUGCCCUCAAUUGUUAUCACCUUGGCCAACUUCAUCACCCCCCUCCUCUUCUCUAUCAUCAUCAAUUAUGAAGAUUACUCGCCUGCAUUCGAGAUACGCUUCACUCUCAUGAGGUGUGUCUUCAUGCGGUUGACCAGUAUUGGGGUUUUGCUCUUCUCUCUCUGGUCUCAGAUCACCACAUGUAAUAAAGGGGAGACCUGCAUCUGUGGCUAUAACCAUUUGCUUUACUCUUGUUGGGAAACCCGUGUGGGCCAGGAGAUGUACAAACUCACCAUCUUUGACUUCAUCAUCAUUGUCGCGGUCACCAUCUUUGUAGAGUUUCCCAGAAAGCUGAUAGUGAAACACUGUGACUGUGGCCUGGCCAAGUGGUGGGGUCAGCAGGAGUUUGCUAUUCCUCAGAAUGUGCUAGAGAUCGUCUACGGUCAGACCAUCUGCUGGAUCGGCACAUUCUACUGCCCGAUGCUGCCUGCCAUCUGCACUAUCAAAUACUUCUUCAUGUUCUAUAUCAAAAAGGUCUCAUUGAUAAACAACUGCCGUCCAGCCACACGUCCGUUCCGAGCCUCCAGCUCCAACUUCUUCUUCCUUGGUGUGCUGCUGAUAGGCCUGGCUCUGGCCUGUCUGCCUGUCACAGUUAGUGUAGCACAAAUAAACUGUUCCAAGGCCUGUGGACCAUUUGUUAAUUACACCACCUCCUGGGAGGUUCUGCCAACUACAGUAUCCCAGCUACCGCACGGUGUCCAAAGUCUCCUCUACGCUCUCUCCUCAGAGGCCUUCGCUGUCUCCUUCUUUGUUGUUACGUGUUUGGCCAUGUUUUAUGUGAUCGCACUAGCCGGAGCUCACAAGAGAGUUAUUAACCAACUAAGGGAGCAGCUAGCCAUGGAGGGCCGCGACAAGCGUUUCCUGAUCCAAAAGCUGUGCCAGGCCCAGAAGCUCUCGGCUGUCAAAUCUCCAGUGUCCAAAUUCCAGCCCCGGAGCAGCAGAGGCAGCAGAAGCAGCCCCAGCUACCACACCAGCUUCUCCAACAAUUUCGAUGAAGGUGUGUUCCUGGCACACCCGCCUCCUGACUCCUCCACACAUGUGUGAGGCAAGGGACUGAUACUGCAGAUACAAGUCUGGACAGAUGGACGCCAGUAGAAAACAGUUUGAACAAAUAUCUUAAAUGUUUUUUUUUUUUAUUGUGAAAACACUACACAACUUGGGAGUUUCUAUGGGCAUGCGUUUAUUAAUUUGUCUUGUCUUCUCAGUGUUCUUUUGUUGACAGUCUGAUUAUUAUAAAACUAUUAAGAGGCCACAAAAGUAUUCUUAAACCAAAACAGUCAUUGCUGGCCAGAUAUUUUUGUGGUGUUUCCUACUGUAUGUACUGUCAUGUUUUCCUUCUGAGAAGGACUUACUAUAACACUGGAGAUGGAAAAACCUUUCUCAAUUUUAUGCACUUUAAAUUUAUUAACACUAGCGUUUUCUUACUUUUCUAACAGACAGAACAGUUUGUUGAUUGUGCCUCUUGUGUGUUUUACAUCUACCAUUUAACAUUAUUAAUCACUAUAAGGUUGCAUAACACUGCAAAUAACUAGUACAUUUCAAAAUACUAAACUAGGUUCUUGAUAACAUUACUGUGACUUUUUUAAAAGACAUAAACAUAUAUGUAUAUAUAACCUGUAUAAUCUACAUCAUGUACACUUCCCACAUUAACAGAACAAAGACCCACAAUCCUAACAGCAAAGCAAAACAAGACGGGAAGACAUGCACAUACACGCAUAAUAUUUAAUCAUUUCUUUUUUUUUUAGAGUAGUAGUGUAGGAGAGUCUGUGGAUUUGCAGUGUUUCAAGUUAAGUUUCUUAAAUGCAUUUGAUGAAAAAAAGAAUAAUUCAACUACACGGAUACCUUACUUUAUUCUGUAAAGUAUCUCAAAAUAUUUGCUGGAUUAAAAUUUCAACUCCAAUAAGAUAACCAAUGUUCUACUUUAAAAAAAAUCUUCUGAAUUUUGGGGGAAGUGGGCAACCCUGUCUGGUACUCUCCAUUGAAAUCCCCCAGAUGUAAGUUGGUGUUUGUAUAUUUAUAUAACUAAUAUACCUUUUCGAUGGUGGGUAUGUUAAAAUGUUUUUGUUUUUUGCCUUUACCAUUAAACUGUUUACGUGGAAAAUAAAUAUUGAAAUGU